AUGGAUGCAACAACGUCCGCACUUGUUCAGAUCACACAUAUCCAGUUCCUGGCACUGCUCUACCCGUCCAGACUCGAACAGCGCCUCGUUCUCUUCCUCUUAGGACCUCUUGCGCUGCUGUCAGCAUCUAUGGAGCUCCUUCCCAUUCACCAGAAUCAAAAAACAGUCGACGUUGCUGAUACCAUCUGCAACACAUGCAACGCUGCACUCUCACUCCUCUUCACCGCUGCUUUGUUUCUCUGGGGUUUCGCGAUCAAUCGGAAACAAGCUUGGCGUACGGAUGGUGGGACGGCCGUAUUUGGCGGUGCAGCACUGGCGCUUGCAAUCAUCUCUACCGCUCUAAACUUUCUUUACAUCCCGACAAAGGAUCAGUAUCUCUGGCUGCCGAGCUUGAUUUGGGCUGCAGUGCUAUGGCAGAGUUUCCUAGGAUGGUGGUGGUGGGAAGGCGGUGGAAGAGGCGUGGGCGAGGUCGGGAGCUCUUGCAAAGCGCAUCCAGGAUCUGUUCCUAUUGAAGAAGGCGAAGCAAUUGAGAUGACGGAUCAUUCAAGAGGACCCAACAUAACCCAAGCUGUGGAAGCAUCGUCUACGUCAACUUCGGCGAGCUCACCGACGACGACGGAGGCUGGGCCGAGUAAUAUACUAGCGCAUCUUGCUGCAGCACUUAGUCAAGCACUCGAACGUAUGCGCUUAAGACGGACAGUAUAUGGAAACGAGGUGGCUGCUGCUGCAAGAACGUCUGGUACAUUACCAGAAGCUGCAGAUACGGACGUUGUUGGGUGGGGACUUGGAAGCUUUGGAUUGAGAGAGAGGGAGAGGAGGGAGAAUGAGAUGGCAGAAUUACAAGAUCGAGAGGACUUGGCCUUGCACACUCAGACACAUAACGAAGAUGACUUGGACAGGGAGGAGGCAGGAAGGGAGAGGAGGCCAUUGAGGGGUGGGCAGAGGUGA